CCCCGCCCCUCCUAGGCCGCCGGCCGGCGCAGCUAACUGCGGCCGUUGCCUGCGAGGCGGGGCGACGGGAGCGAGGCGGGAGGCCGCCUCCGCUUGCCUCCGCCGCCGCCACAGGGGAGACUUCCGCCGCUGGUCCCUCACCUCCCGGCAGUCUUUCGCCCUCACUCUCUCUCUCCCAUCUUUCCCUCAGGAGAGGCGACGGCUCCGUGGCGCCUGUUGUCGACCCCGCGAAAGCGCCGUCCGCCCUCUUUUAUUUCCCUGCGCCGGCCAGGAGCCGCGGAGACUCCUCCCCUUCCCUCUUUUCUCUCUCUCUCUCUGCCUUUCUCGCCUCCCUUCGCCCGCUCGCCGCCUCAGCAGCAGCGCCAGCAGCAGCGCCACCUUCCUUCCUUCCUCCUCCUUCUCUUCCCUCCCGGUUCCUGCUGCCCCCGCGAGGCACCUGCGCCCCUCCCCCUCCUCCUCAGCCGCCGCCACAGCGAGAGAGGAGGACAAGGCCGGAGUCGGCCGCGACCUCUCCCCGCGCGCGAGACCUCCCUCCUUCCCUCAAGAAUUCAUCUAUGAAUAAAACAAUGUGUGAAUUGUGAUGGGGGGAAAUGUAUCAAUAUUGGAACAUUAUAUUGGAAGCACUUUAAAAACCAGUAAAUGGUGCUGAUAGAAGAUCUACUGAGAUUAUAUUUUCCUGUAACAACUACGAAGGAAAAAUACUUUGCGAAUGGGAUGAAUACACAAGCAGUGACUGCCAGCAGCAGCUUGCUGACUCACAGUAACUAGCUGGAGCACUUAACUAGUGAUGUGUCCAUUUCUACUUUACCCCAUUUGAGCUUGCCUGUCUUGAAAGGGGAAAGAAGUUCAAAGUGGAGUACCGUAAACUUGAUAUGGAUAGCAAAAAGAAAGACAAGGACAAACUGGAUGAUAGAAUGGCAAGGCCUAGUGGACGAUCAAGUCACAAUCCACGAGGCAGCAGCUCUUCAAACUCUGGAGUGUUAAUGGUUGGACCUAACUUUAGAGUUGGAAAAAAAAUUGGAUGUGGCAAUUUCGGAGAGCUACGAUUAGGAAAAAAUUUGUAUACAAAUGAAUAUGUGGCAAUUAAGCUGGAGCCAAUGAAGUCAAGAGCACCACAGCUGCACUUGGAAUACAGAUUCUACAAGCAGUUAGGAUCUGGUGAUGGAAUACCUCAGGUUUACUAUUUUGGCCCUUGUGGCAAGUAUAAUGCUAUGGUGCUGGAACUACUGGGACCUAGUUUGGAAGAUUUAUUUGACUUGUGUGAUAGGACUUUUUCUCUAAAAACUGUUCUUAUGAUAGCCAUACAGUUGAUUUCUCGAAUGGAAUAUGUUCAUUCAAAGAACUUAAUAUACAGAGAUGUAAAACCUGAAAACUUCUUAAUAGGACGACCAGGAAACAAAACUCAACAAAUUAUUCAUAUUAUAGAUUUUGGUUUGGCAAAAGAAUAUAUAGAUCCAGAGACAAAGAAGCACAUACCAUACCGAGAACACAAAAGCCUUACAGGAACUGCUAGAUACAUGAGUAUAAAUACACAUUUAGGAAAAGAGCAAAGUAGAAGAGAUGAUUUGGAAGCUUUAGGUCAUAUGUUCAUGUAUUUUUUAAGAGGCAGUCUUCCAUGGCAAGGCUUAAAGGCAGAUACACUGAAAGAACGGUAUCAGAAAAUUGGAGACACAAAGCGAGCAACCCCCAUAGAAGUACUGUGUGAGAACUUUCCAGAGGAAAUGGCUACAUAUCUUCGUUACGUGAGAAGACUAGAUUUUUUUGAAAAACCAGACUAUGACUACUUAAGAAAGCUCUUUACAGACUUGUUUGAUCGGAAGGGCUAUAUGUUUGAUUAUGAAUAUGACUGGAUUGGUAAACAGCUGCCUACGCCAGUGGGUUCAAUCCAUUCGGAUCCUGCAAUAUCUUCCAACAGAGAAGCACAUCCUCACAGAGAUAAGAUGCAACAGUCGAAAAAUCAGUCGACAGACCACAGGGCAGCUUGGGACCCCCAUCAGGCCAAUCCCCAUCACUUGAGAGCUCACCUAGCAGCUGACAGACAUGGUGGCUCGGUACAGGUUGUAAGCUCAACAAAUGGAGAGCUCAACACAGAUGAUCCUACUGCAGGACGUUCAAAUGCACCCAUCACAGCCCCUACAGAAGUGGAAGUAAUGGACGAAACAAACUGCCAGAAAGUGUUGAACAUGUGGUGCUGCUGUUUUUUCAAGCGAAGGAAAAGGAAAACCAUUCAGCGUCACAAAUGACUUUGGAAGAAGGCAGACCAUGGGGAAUUACUUACUUGCUCAUCUGCUAUAUCGUGAUUAGUGACCACACGUUUUUCUGGCACCCCUAUUUCAAUGAGAAGGUCCUCAUACUU